AUGGAGCGAAUUAAAGGAAAUAACCCUACCAUUACCAGAUUAUUCAAGAAGAAUUGGAAGAAGGGGAAAAUUAAUAUAGGUGGAAGAAAGGUGGAAAUUUAUGAAGGAAUGAUUACUGAAGUCACUGGGAUGCCAAUGGAGGGUAGAAAAUUCUACAGGGAUAGAAAGCUCAUAGAGGCUGCUAUUAAGCGAUUCUCGAAGGAAGACUCUAAGAUAGUCAAAUUGGUGAAAUCUAGCAAGACCUACUACUCGUCGAAGGUGAUUAAAAAGGCCUCCUAUGUGCAACAUUCUAUCACUGAGCUUUCAGACUCAAAAGAUGAGUUUGAAAAAUCAGAUGACAGUGAAGAUGAGGGGUCAUAUAUGGAAUGGGAAGAUGAUUUUAAUAGGGAUACCUCUGCUAAAGUUACUAGAAAGGGGAAGGAUAAAGAUAUGGAUUCUGGGGCAAGCAAAAAUACUGCUAGAAAAGGGUUUAAGAGAAAGAGGAGGAAGUUGGAGGAGGAGGAUAGUUGGCUAGAAGAAGAUGAUGAGGAUGAUGAUGGUAUGGAAACUGAAAGUAAAAGUGCUACCCCACUGCCUAAGAAGAAAACUAGGCAGAGUCCUGUUAUUACUAAUAUCCGUCUGGAGAAGGAGGAUGGUACCUCAAAGACCCACUCUACUCUAGUGGACCCUAAUAAAUAG